AUGGAUAAUGUGACCACAGUACCUUCUUAUUUUCUGCUCCUGGAAUUUUCAAAAACUCGACAGCUGCAACUUCUACACUUCUUCUCAUUUUUAGUAUUCUACUUUGCAACAAUAAUAGGAAACCUUCUAAUCAUUUUUGCAAUAACUUUUGAUUAUCAACUGCACACACCCAUGUACUUUUUUCUGAUGAAUUUGGCUGUGCAAGAUCUGGGAUUGAUUUCUGUUAUUGUUCCAAAAUCCAUGAUAAAUUCCCUCAAGGAUACCAGGUGCAUCUCUUACUUUGGUUGUGUUGCUCAAGUCUUCCUCUUUGUCUCAUUUGUAGCUUCUGAUUUCUUUCUUCUCACAGCAAUGGCAUAUGAUCGGUAUGUUGCCAUUUGCCAACCACUGCAUUAUGAGAUGGUGAUGAAUUGGAAAACCUGCACUGAAAUAAUGAUUCUGGUUUGGGUCUCUAGUCUUCUCUAUGGAAUGCUGCAUACCAGUGGCACCUUUUCAGUCCAUUAUUGUUCUAAUAUUGUUAACCAGUUUUUCUGUGAAAUUCCAUAUUUACUAAAUCUAUCUUGCUCUGGCUUUAAUCUAGUUGAAGUUGGAAUACUUGUGGCAAGUGCCUUUGGUGGGUUAGGUUGCUUUAUUUUUAUCAUUGUAAGUUAUGUCAUUAUCUUCAAAACAGUGUGGAAAAUCCCAUCUGUACAGGGAAGGCAAAAGGCCUUUUCUACUUGUGCUCCCCACCUUAUAGUUGUUUCUAUGUUUACAAUAACUGUGAUCUUUGCCUAUCUGAGGCCUGCCUCAAAUUCCACAUCUUACUUAGAUUUAAUGUUAACUGUCUUAUAUUCCAUUCUUCCACCUCUGUUCAACCCAAUCAUUUAUAGUAUGAGAAAUAAGAAAAUUCUCUCUAAGCUAGGGAUGAUUCUUAUAGGAAAGCUGACACAGACCAACCAUUAUGUUGUCUCUGGCACAAUAGCCUGA